GAACCAAAGGACGCACGGUGCGCACUUGACGCCUCGUCUUUUUAGAAGUGACACUCACAGCGGAGUGUCACUUCUACCUGAUCGUGAACCGGACUUUCGACAGGUGGAACGGGCUCUUGUUGACUUUUAUCUCGCUGUUAGAAAAAACAAAUCGGGGCGGCUCGAACAAGCGGAGGAGGAGGAGGAGGAGGAGGAGGAGGAUCAGUAGUAGGACUUCCUGAAUGCGACUGGGUUCAGGUUAGAGAUCAGUGCGUGACGGCCGCUUCGAGCUCACAGACGCGGGGACAUGCCCACCGACAAAUGAACUUGUUCGUUUCUUCGUGGUGAGAUUGAGCUUCUGUCGUCCUGUCCAAACACAAAAAAUGUCAGAUGAGUAUCCAAGCGUCUCAGAGGGACAAUAAUGUUUGGAGGUCGGUUGUCACGUACAGAGAUAAGAUUACAUUUUACUGUGUGGAUGUUUCCUGGUAACACACAACCCUGUGUUUUUUGUCUUCACGUUACGGUUUUAUGUUUCUGCAGGAGCAUAUUUCCAACCCAGCCUCCCGCUGGACACCUCCGUGCCCCCCAUGACCUCUCCACCUUUUUUCCUUUUCAGCCUCUGACCUGCCCGGAGUUUUGGCAGAUGGUGAAACAGCAUUAUGGGCACGACCUGGGCCUGAGCCAUGAGGAGAUGGAGUGCCUGCAGAUAGCGUCGGAAUUAAACAUGCAGAACAGCCUGACAGCGAGGCCCGGUGGGGAUGACGGUACCGGCAGGUUGGAGCGGCCCCCUUCCCUGCGCCUGCCUGUGCCGGAGCAUGGGCCCUUAGACACCUCCACCCCUCAGGGGGAGGAUGUGCCUUCCCCUUUUAGCUCGCAGAAUUCAGCAAACAUGGAUGACUCUCGGAACACCCCGACCCAGCGCCGCAGCCCUGCCCCCUCGCUGGACCGCCUGGCACCAGAACGGGCCUCCAAGCGCUCCUCGCUGUCCCUCGACCUCAACGCCAAUGAGAAUGGCGACUCUGAGCAGAGCUGUUCAGAGAGCAUUGAAGAAGUGGAGGAGCGAGUGGGUCUGACCCAGGUGCAGGGUCGGGUCAACUUGAACAAGGUCUUCCACAUCAGCGCCAGCAAGAUGUUCGAGCUCAUCUUCACCGACUCCAGCUUCAUCCGCAGGUUUAUGGGCGUCAGGAAGAUAACCAAUCCCUCCUUCUCCGCCUGGCAGAAAGACGCCUCGGGAAACAUGAAGAGGAGCCUGAACUACACAGUGACCAUCAGCAACCCUCUGAUUGGCAAGUUCUCCGCGGCCACAGAGAACCAGACGCUGUACAAAGAAUCCAGUGAUGGUCAGCAUUACCUCGUGGACUGUGAGGUGUACGCUCACGACAUUCCUUAUCACGAUUACUUCUAUACCGUCAACAGAUACUGCAUCAAGAGUUGCUCCAAGCGGAAGUGCCGUCUGAGCGUCUACACCGAUUUGAAGUAUAAGAAGCAGCCGUGGGGCCUGGUCAAGUCCUUCAUCACUAAACACUCCUGGAGCAGCAUAGAGGAAAAUUUCAGACACCUCGAAUCGGAGCUGCUGGAGGAGGAGGCCGAGCUGAAUCAGGGAGGUGGCGACCCAGGGAAGAUGGGUGGGCUGCGGAGGAGGAGGAGAACGUACAGCCGGACGCAGCUGGAGCACAUGAAGCCCAACAAGCAGUAUGGACAAGAUCCAGAGCAGCACAGAGAUGGCAACAUGGGCCCCAUGGAAAUGAAAGGGUCGGGCGGAUGGAACAUGACAACGAUAGUGGCUGGGAUGAGUCUGAUUUUGUUGAUUCUGACGCUGCUGAAUCUGGGCCUGUUCUUCAAGCUGUGGGCCAUGGAGGACAUAGCCCACCGCAUGUACCUGAGCACAAAGCAUCGCCUGAGGGAGAGGAGCGAGGCCAGCUUGGUCCAGGGCCCUGUGCACAGAACCGGGGACGAGCUGUACCUUCUGAAGAAUGUACUGCAGGACUCCAUCAACCUUUUAGAGCAGCUCCGCAGCUCUCUCGUCGUGCUACAACAGACCUUCGCCAUGGCCAAUCAGACGGAAGCGCCGCAGUGACGCUCCUCAUUCGAUGACCAUGGAACGCCGGCCCCCCCCCUUGCACCCUGUAGAGGAAAGACGGGACAGCAGGACCCAACUGGCGCUGAUGUUGCCAUGAAGACGUCCCCAGACCUCCUGACACGCCUGCCUCGGGGCCACAGGUGUCGGGAUGUUUUUGAAACGCUAACUGACUGACGCAAGGACAUCAGGGUUGGUUCCACCGGUGGAGCCAGGGGAUUAUCGUCUGCUCCCAUUGCUGCCACUGCUGCAACUGGUCUCCGAUACGGUGGCAGUGGAUCUCAGGAAACUUCCCUCAAGUGCCUGACUGUAUUCUGACGGACCUCACACCACAUCCAAUGAACUGCUGUAAACUCUUAGAAGCAGAGCUGUUGAAUAACAUUGAUUCACAAUUUUUUUUUUUUAUUUGCACAUUUUAACAUUUGCACAAAUAGGCUAUAUUUUAGAUAUCUUUUUAGAUUAUUAUAUUUUCUAAUAAAAAAAGGUGGUAAAUGCAGCUCGGAUUUUAAACUUUGUCUUCUCUUUUGUAAUCAUGAGAUUGCUGCUCUAUAUUAACUGCAGGGAGAGCUGCAACUUUAAAUUGACUUAAGAUUGCAAGCGGAGAAAUAAACUUUGAAUUUUACUGUGCCAGAUCUGGCUGAUGGAGGGCCACUUAUUUAAUAGAUAUUUUAUUAAUUUAUAGCUCUGCUCUGGAUCAAGAGUCCAAACGAUGGUGACGUGUUCGAUUUAUCUCUGUCUUCUGUACAUGAAUAAUCACACUUGUCUGUAGUUAUCUUCUUGUGUAUGUUGGGUCAGUCGGAUUAUCUCAGGUUAUAACACACAGUCUGUUCUGGGUUGUCACAUCUAUGAACGCUGGUUGUUGUCUCUCUUUAUAAUCACUUGUUGGUGACACACAACUACAAUUCUCUUGAGCCGUUUUUUAUGUUUACAAUGUCGCCCAACUCUCUCUGGAGAAUCUCACUCAGCGUUUCUCAUUUGAAACCACGUCUAAGGAGCCACCCCUUGUUUCUGUGUUGUACAGUUUUAGAUAUAUUGCAAUGUUGUAAUAAAUAUGAUCUCUUAAUCA